AUGGCGAAAACUGAAAAUGAUAAAUCGAAGGGACAAAGUAAUUUCUUCAUUUCAAAAAAUAAGUCUAAAGCUCAUCGGCAAUUGACGUCUAGUUCCGGAAAUUUUUUUGUUACGCCUUCGGAAAAGACUGAUGUUACGAAACGACACCAGCCAACCGAAAACGCCACAAAAUCGAAAAAACCGUUCGACAAAAAGAAAUGGCGCAUAAAAAAGUACAGUAAAAAAUAUAAACUCGAGCAGUGGGAAAAUCAAAGGAAAAAGCGGGUGCUAGAGGGAUAUUACCGAGAGAUGAAAGAAGAAGAGCCGAAGUUCGACGUUCAAAAAAUUUACGAAAAGUACGGCGAUGAAGAGGGCGAAAAUGACAAUAAUCUCAACAAAGAUUUAUUAGUACCAAGUAGUAGUGGUACUGGGUCGCCGCGUGGUAAGAAGAGCAUUGCUUUCAAGAAGGCCAAAUCCGAAUUUCAAAGGAUUCAAGAUGAGAAAAAGCGUAAGCAAGAGGAAAUUAUAAAAAAUAAAUUGGAACGCGCCGAAGCUCUAAAGCAGUACAAAGCGAAAAAAUUAGAGAAGUACAAGAAAUUGAACAAAAAAACUAAAAAAGGACAGCCUGUUAUGAAGUAUAGAAUGGAAAUGCUUUUGGAACAAAUCCAAAAAUCUAUGUCUUAA